GGCCAGGGGAGGCGGCGGGGGCGAGGAUGGUCGAGCGCCGCGGAGCGCAGACUCCCUGCACUCCAGAUCCGGGACGCCAUGUACUUUGGUGCCCAAUGGCCAUGCACCACGAUUUCAAUUUGUCAGCCUCCGGGAGGAGGCCAGGCAAGUCUGACUGUCUUCUCCCCCGUGCCCUACUCGAUCUUCUCCUCUUCCCGUUCGCCUCGUCCUCCCCCCCCUCUCCUUCCACCUGGCCCGCGCGACCGCAACGCCCGGCUGAGACGAGGCGGCGGCCGCCGCAGGGAGCCCUGCGCAUGGAA